UGUUUUCCCGCCAUCAUCUAAUUCUCUGGUUGAAUCUUUGAGUGUUUUAUUUCAAUAAUUUUAGCAUUCGAAAGAAAAUGAGAGAUUCUCACCGCCUUUUUCUUCGAAGUCUUAUGUCUAAGCAGUUCCUUUCUGAAAAGGAAACAAAAGCCCUGUAUCAGAAGGCGUGUCGGGUAUUUGGAGAUGACAGCUCUCCAGAGAACUUCGAAACGUUCUUGGAAACUGUAAACAGAAAUUUGAAGCCACUUUACAUGGAGAUAAGGCGUGGGGUUUCUGAAGAAGAUGGGUCUAAUAAUUAUGGAUUGGUAAAUACAACUGAGGACGAACAGUCAAAGUUGGCAACAGACUUUUCUCCAAAUGACAUUGCCUUCUUCAAGAAAGCGAUGGAUCUGAUAGUUGACUCUCCAGAUGGUACAGUGUCUUCCUUUGAUGUAAUCAACGCUUCAGCAGACUUGGAGAAGAGGAUGAAUAUUACACAUGCUGAAGAACUUAUUGAAAGGCUCCUUAAAGACAAAUGGAUGUCAGAGACAUCAGGAUCAUACUCACUGGGACCAAGAGCCAUGUUAGAACUUUAUCCAUACUUAAAGAGAGUGUAUGAAGAUCAGAUAGUAGACUGCAUGAUGUGUCGUGAGAUUGCUAUAAGGGGGCAGUGUUGCACUCGAUGUGAUGGCAAGAUUCAUCACCAUUGUGCUGCUCGCUACUUUCGUGGAAGGGCUCAGAAGACAUGUCCAAACCAGCAGUGUGGUGCGGUGUGGAUGCAUGAAGUACCUCAGCUAUCAACAUCAUCUCCAUCUCAAGUGAAUGGUGAAAACGAUGCUGGGCCUUCAUCACAAGCUGGACCUCCAGGACGGCAACGUAGAAAGAGAAGAUGAGAACAAACAAAACUUGCUGUGUACUAUUAGUUUUAAAAAAAUCCUGUUAGUUAUGGUUACAGUUUAGAUGUAUAUUUGGACAUUGAUAUGAAAUACCAGUAUAUGGAGACUGAUUGUAUCACUCAAGAAUUAUUCCACACAGGAUAGAGCUUUGACUGUUCAGAGACAAUAACAAAGUGUCUUCAAGCAAUAGUUUUGCAUGGGACUAUGUUAAAAUUGAUUUUGAUUUUGCUUGUGUUUGAACUGCUGAAGAAGAUAAUGAAAGGCUCAAUGAUAUUUUUUUAUAUUUCUUCAAUAUUUCUUAUCCUAGGGCUUCUCAUUAUCUUGCAGAGUAAAUGGUGAUUUUGAUUAAAAAAAAAGAAGCAUCAAUAUUGCAAUCAAUAGUGUUUUGUCACGACAAUACAUUUUUUCCAAAAAACAAAACAUAAAAGAUGGCCAUUAAGCUAAUGGUCCAAAUAAAAAGAAGUGUUAUUGCGACAUUUAAAUGCAUGGUUUAACUGUGUCAGUAAUACUACUAAAAGUUAACAAAGAAAAUUGAUUUUAUGUAAAGUGACAACAGAAAUUGAACAUAAACCUUUUUUAUUCCUCUGUUAGUCAUACAUUUUCUGUAAACAUAUAAUUUUUAUAACAUAAGUUGAUAGUGGAACUAGCCAAUAAAUAUUCAAAACAUUAAAUUACCUCAGUCAAACCUCCACUACCAAUAACUUGUCUAUAGUAGCCACCUCUCUGUGAAGGCCAGGAUAUUUUUUCUGAGUACGUUAUGUCAGUCCAUAUUUUAUACUCUGCCUUCACCAAUCUACAAUGUUCAGUUAAUUUUCCAUAAAUUUAAGGUACCAUUGUAGAGAGGGUCUCCUGUAAUAUUCUAAUAGAUCAGAAUAUAUUAAUUUAUCGUAAAAGUCAUUUACAACUCAAACAUUUUAUAUUAAUAAUAUUUGUUAUAUCAAGAUAGACCAAAGGACACUAUAUUUCACCCUUAUAUCAUAAAAUAUUUUCUUGUAUCAACAUUUUUCUCAAGUGUGUGAUGUUUGCUGUGUGUCGUUAGACUUUCGUUGGUAACUUGUUGCUGUAUUCUUACUUCCUUUAAGAUUCUGAUUAGAAACUCUACAACAGUUCUUGUUACAGGCAAUACCUUGAUGAGAUGAAAACACAAUGAACAGCCUUUCUGUUUGGUUAAGGACUGAAAAGCCAACAGUGCAUUACAGUUAAAUAUGCAACAUUGCUAUAAUAAAGGUAAUUUAUUUUACAUAAAUUUAAGAGAGAAAUAAUUUUAUUGAAUAAUUUUUUCCUAGUUUGUGUCUAUUUGAUAGCAUUCUUUUUGUACUUUUCUUUUUGAACCAACUAUUGAAGUUUUUUUUUAACUUCUCCGUCCACACAAUACCACAGUUAUUUUAUUUCUUAUUAAUUUAAUUUUAAAUAAAAUAAUUAUAGUACAAGCACUAGGUGCUGCUUUUAAAACCUUUGUGAAAUAAUGCAAUUUUUUCUUAGCAAAUGAAGCUAAACAUUCAAACAACA